GCCCCUAUGCAGCUGCAAGAAAUACUCAUUCUUCUGUGCAGACUCUUUCGCAUAUUCUUCUUCUUCCUCUUCUUCGUCGUCGUCUUCAUUUUCAUACCCAAUCUUGUUCUUCUUUUUCGCAAGAUGGGAGUUCAGCGACGUCAAGAACUCUCUGAAGACAAUGGGCCUGCUGAAAAUGCUAGCUCCGGUAAUUCUUUUAACCCGGGUGAUAUUGCUAGUGUGUCUGCUAACAGCAAUCCAAGUUUAAAUACUGAAAGCAGUGAAGUUAAUGAACCUGGUGGUAUUUCUUGUAAGAAAAGUAAUAUCCGACAUAUCUAUAGACAAGAUGUUGUGAAGAAUAAUAGCAGUGGCAUGAUAGGGAUUGUGACAGAAGUUGCUGGUGAUUCGGAUUCGGAUUCAGAUAGCAGCAUCACUGAUGAUGAGGAUGAUAGUGAGGAUGAGGAUGGUGAUGUUGAGGAAGGCGAUGACAGUAAUAAUGCUAGCAGAAAUUCCGAGAGGAAUGGUGCUGCUGGGGAUUGUAAAACUGGUGCUCUUCUGGCUGACCAGCUGCGUGUACUCUGGAUGGACGAAUCUGAAUCCACCCAAAAUUUCAGUGACGUAGAAGUUGUUGAUCGUGGAUUUUUACAUGGGGAUUUUGUUGCUUCCGCAUCAGACCCCACUGGGCAAGUGGGUGUAGUCGUUGACGUCAAUAUGUGUGUGGAUCUGUUGUCCCAUGAUGGAUCUAUAAUAAAAGAGGUCUCAUCGAAAAACCUAAAGCGUAUUAGGGAUUUCACUGUUGGGGAUUAUGUGGUGCUUGGGCCCUGGCUAGGAAGAAUUGAGGAUGUUUUGGACAAUGUAACUGUCUUAUUUGAUGAUGGUUCAGUUUGUAAGGUCUCCAAAGCAGAUCCAUUGAAUCUUAAACCAAUUUCUAAGAAUAUUCUUGAAGAUGGUCAUUUCCCUUAUUACCCAGGGCAACGUGUAAGGGCUAGCUCUUCAUCAGUCUUCAAGAAUUCAAGGUGGCUGUCUGGCUUGUGGAAAGCAAAUAGGUUGGAAGGUACUGUCACUAAGGUUACAGUUGGAUCAGUGUUUGUUUAUUGGAUAGCUUCCGCAGGUUAUGGACCGUAUUCUUCUACUGCCCCAGCUGAGGAGCAGAGUCCCAAAAACUUAAAAUUGUUGUCUUGUUUUGCUCAUGCAAAUUGGCAAUUGGGCGACUGGUGUCUCUUACCCUCGUCAGCACUGUCAUCCUCAGUUUCCACGGAGAAAAGCAUAUCAAAAUUGGAACUUAAUGAUUCUAUUAACAAUGAAUUAGAUUCUAAUCAGACAGGAAGUGGGUGUGACUCAGAAGAAGCUACAGUUGAGGAAUCAAAUGGGAAUAAGAAUGCUAUGGACCUUGAUCCAGUGGAUGCUUUGGAAGGGAAUUGUGGAAAUGAUAGAAGCAAUCCUUCACGUGAUUCUAGUUCAUGUGGUAGUUCUCUCUCUGUAUCAAAGGACCCUGUGCAUGAAGUUUGGCCUCUUCACCGCAAGAAAAUAAGGAAAGUUGUCAUCAGGAAAGAAAAGAAGGCUCGAAAGAAAGAGGAAAGUUUUGAGAAAGCUCUUUUGAUUGCCAACACAAGGACAAGGGUUGAUGUUGCAUGGCAGGAUGGAAAAAUAGAGUGUGAACUGGAUUCUACAAGUUUAAUUCCUAUCGAAAAUCCUGGUGAUCAUGAAUUUGUUUCGGAGCAAUACGUGGUGGAGAAGACCGCUGAUGAUGGUGAGGAUAUUUGUGAAACUAGGAGAGUUGGGGUGGUGAAAAGUGUUAAUGCCAAGGAGCGGACAGCUUGUGUGAGGUGGUUAAAAACAGUUGCCAGAGCAGAAGAUCCUCGAGAGUUCGACAAUGAGGAAGUUGUAAGUGUGUAUGAGCUAGAGGGCCAUCCAGAUUAUGACUACUGCUAUGGGGAUGUGGUUGUUCGGCUGUCACCUGCGUCUGUUUGUUUAGAAACAGCUUUUGUUGGAGAGUCCAUUGAGAAAUCAAAGCAGAAAAAUGAAGAAAGUGGAAUUAAAAAGGAAGCAAAUAACCAAACAGGUAACAGUAAAGUAGAAAAUGUGUCUGGUGGUGAAACUUGUGUGGAGUUCUCAGACCUAUCUUGGGUUGGAAAUAUAACUGGCCUUAAGAAUGGUGAUAUUGAAGUUACUUGGGCUGAUGGGAUGGUGUCAACGGUUGGACCCCAAGCAAUCUAUGUGGUUGGUCGAGAUGAUGAUGAUGAAUCAAUUGCUGCUGGGAGUGAAAUAAGUGACGCUGCAAGCUGGGAAACUGUUAAUGAUGAUGAAAUGGAAGUCCUUGAGGAUUCCAGAGAGGAUACUGAGAGGGAAAAAUCAAGCAGCAUUACUUCUGAGGCAGAAGAGAGUGGAGAGAAUGACUUUGGUAGGGCUGCAGCACUUUCUGUUCCCCUAGCAGCAUUUCGAUUCGUCACCAGACUCGCCUCUGGAAUAUUCUCAAGGGGCCAAAGGAACGUAGAUCCUGUUCACUUGCAGUCGAAAGGUGAAAGUGAAUGUACAUCACCAUUAGUUAGUGAUGAGUCUAGUUCUCAGAAAUGCAUUGCCAUUCAUGGUGACAAUUCGGACAAUAAGAGUGGAAGAAAUGAGGAAGUUGUUCCAGAAGCAUCUGAAAUUUUGGAAGCAUCUGAGACACUAUGUAGCUUGAGGAACGAAGAUGCGGGUGCAAGUUGCGACAAUGAUGCUUGCAGUUUGAAACAUUUUGACAUUACUAAAGAUCCUUCAGACCAUUAUUUUAUUGGUGCAAAUGGACAGAGUAACAACAGAAAAUGGUUUAAGAAGGUGCAACAAGAUUGGAGUAUACUGCAGAAUAACCUUCCUGAGGAAAUCUAUGUACGAGUUUAUGAAGAUAGAAUGGAUCUCUUGAGAGCAGUUAUUGUUGGGCCAUAUGGGACCCCUUACCAAGAUGGGCUCUUUUUCUUUGAUUUUCACCUACCGCCAGAGUACCCUGAUGUUCCACCGUCGGCAUACUAUCAUUCUGGUGGUUGGCGUGUUAACCCUAAUUUGUAUGAGGAAGGGAAGGUUUGCCUUAGCCUUCUAAAUACAUGGACAGGCAGAGGAAAUGAAGUAUGGGAUCCAAAAUCUUCGAGCAUCCUUCAAGUCCUAGUUUCACUGCAAGGGUUAGUACUGAACUCUAAGCCUUACUUCAAUGAAGCUGGGUAUGAUAAGCAGAUUGGAACAGCCGAAGGAGAGAAAAAUUCAUUAUCAUACAAUGAGAAUACAUUUUUGCUGAACUGCAAGACUAUGAUGUAUCUUAUUCGGAAACCCCCCAAGGAUUUUGAAAUGCUCAUCAAAGAACACUUUAGGAGUCGUGGUCAUAACAUCCUAAAGGCUUGUGAUGCAUAUAUGAAAGGUUACUUGAUUGGCUCGCUAACUAGAGAUGCCUCUGUAAGUGAAAAGAGCAGUCAGAAUUCAACCUCUGUGGGUUUCAAGUUGAUGUUAGCCAAGAUAGUGCCCAAGCUUUUCUUGUCACUAAGUGUGGUUGGAGCUGAUUGCGAGGAGUUUAAGCAUCUGAAAGAAUUAUAGCAAAGUUAUAAAGAUACAUGACCUCUUUAAAGCUAACAACAGGGUUUGCUGACCCUGCCCAAAUUUAAAAUUUGAAGGUACCAACAAGUGUAAAGGUUCUCAUGUGUUGUCAGUGUUUUGAUUUUCUACGAUUAAAACCUUCCAUUUCUGUUGUUUAAAAAACCAAUUCACUUCUAGGAGCUUGAAGGAACAGAACCAAUUCAUUUCUCCUGAGAAAAGCAACCACUGACGGAGCAGGGCUGGAUUGAUGUAGAGGGGAGGCAAUGUGGGUUACUAACUUGUAUGUUAUUUACUUUUUU